AUGUUCAAUCUGCUUAAUUCUGGCGUACCGGAUACGCCCGUUGCGACGAGAGGCGGGGGGUCCGAUGGCGGCGGUGGUGGCGGCGGCUGUCGCGAUGGCGGUGGCGGAUCGGGCAAUGUCAGCGGAGCCGGCGGAUCGGGCAGCGGCAUCUGGUCCGCGACUGGCGGAGCUUCCAGCGACUCAGUUCCAGCCGGACGGCAAAAGGCCACGCACUACACCAAAGAGGAAUCCGUUGCUGUAGCGAGGGCGUGGGAUGCCGCCACAUCCGACCCCAAAGUGGGCACCGAUCAGAACGAGGUGAGCUUUUGGAAGCGCGUCGUAGCGGCGUACAACGAGUUCAAACCUCGCGGUGCCAAAUCGCGUGACGCAGAACAGCUCUGCAAGAAGUGGUCUAGGAUUCUGCCGCCCACCCGGUGGUUCGCGGGCAUAUACCAGAACAAACUGCUCCAUGCGGAGAGUGGCCGAAGCGAGGCUGACGUGAAAACACUUUCGAUGAGCCAAUACAACACGUCGGGCCAUCCCAAGUUCACAAUGUGGGAGGAGUAUCUAGUUCUCGAGGACUGCCCGAAAUUCAAGGCCAUCUGUGCGCAAGAGCAUGCUCUGGCGCCGAAGCGGACAAGACACAAUAUUGCCGGGGACUACAGCAGCGGCAGCGGCUCGCAAUCGUUCGACCUGAACGAAGAGCAAGCCGAAGAGCCCUCCGCUACACACUCUAGGCGCGCCCGCCCUUCGGGACAACAUACCUCUAUCCGACGCGCUAGAGAAGCUGGCGGUUCCUCCCACCGAUCGUCGGCAGCGUCUGGAUCACGCGCCUCGCAGCCCGCGCGUAUACCGCCGUCAAGAGCAAGCGAGGUCUUGAGGGAUAACGUAUAUGUGCACCUGACGCACGAAUUGCAUGAAGUCUGCAGCAAAUACUAG